GGAGCCAGCCUAGAAACGGCCCGCAGCUCCUAGACCGACGCGACUUGUGAGAGGCGACGCCUGCGCAGUGUGGCUGUAAGGCGGGAGCUGUCUUCGGAGCCGCCCACCAGGCCAGCGGCGCGAUGGCGGAGGAGGUGAGCAGCCUGAUGAAGGCCACGGUCCUGAUGCGGCAGCCCGGACGGGUGCAGGAAAUCGUGGGCGCCCUUCGCAGGGGCGGAGGAGACCGCCUGCAGGUGAUUUCUGAUUUUGACAUGACCUUGAGCAGAUUUGCUUACAAUGGACAGCGAUGCCCCUCUUCCCACAAUAUUCUGGAUAACAGCAAAAUUAUCAGUGAGGAUUGUCGCAAAGAGCUCACCGAGCUCUUUCACCACUAUUAUCCCAUUGAGAUCGACCCACACCGGACCAUCAAAGAGAAGCUGCCUCACAUGGUGCAGUGGUGGAGCAAAGCCCACACCCUCCUGUGCCAGCAGAGGAUACAGAAGUUCCAGAUAGCUCAGGUGGUCGGCGAGUCCACUGCGAUGCUCAGGGAGGGCUAUAAGAUGUUCUUCGACACACUCUACCAUAACAACAUUCCUCUUUUCAUCUUCUCGGCGGGCAUUGGUGAUAUCCUGGAAGAAAUUAUCCGACAGAUGAAGGUGUUCCACCCCAACAUCCACAUUGUGUCCAACUACAUGGAUUUCAGUGAGGACGGUUUCCUGAAAGGAUUCAAGGGCCAGCUCAUCCACACCUACAACAAGAACAGCUCCGUGUGUGAGAACUCCAGUUACUUCCAGCAACUGCGGAACAAAACCAACAUCAUCCUGCUUGGAGACUCCAUAGGGGACCUCACUAUGGCGGAUGGGGUCCCUGGAGUGCAGAACAUUCUGAAGAUCGGCUUCCUGAAUGACAAGGUGGAGGAGCGGCGAGAACGUUACAUGGACUCCUACGACAUUGUGUUGGAGAAGGACGAGACGCUGGACGUGGUCAAUGGGCUGCUGCAGCACAUCCUGCGCCAGGGGGACUGUGUGGAGCUACAGGGCUCCUAAGGCUCAGGCCGGGCCCUUCCUCAGCCAGGAGGAGGAGUCCACGCCCACAAAGCCUCCCCUGUCAGCACCGAGAGAAGCCCAGGGCAGACAAAUGCUGCUGGGCCCUUCUACACUCUCUGACUCCUUCUCCAUGCCUCUGCCUUCCUUUUGCUCGGAAGCAGCUUGAGGGAGGCCUCACCUGUGGUAAGGCAGCAAGCGUGCAUCCAAGUAAACCGUGGACUACAGCGUGAGCCUUCUACAGAUCAUCUGGUUCAAAGGUUCUCUCUAAGAAAGUUUUCAGAGCUGGGAAUGCAGACGGCUCAAUGGUGAAGUCGCUGCCUAGCAUGUGGAGGGCCCUGGGUUCCUUCCCCAGCACUGUACAGAGAGAAAGAGAAACUGUAUGUCAGACAAAUAUAAUGUGUGAAUCAGAUGAAAAUUAAAAAAACAUGCUGGGCGGUGGA